AGAGACAAGAGUCUAGGAAAGUCUAUAGGAAGAAGACCAGAAGAGGCAAGACAAAAUCUUUCGCUCUCUGCUCUCUUCUUUCUUCCUCCCAAAGCUUUCCCAGCAAUUUCCUCUUCUUCUUUCAAUUUUUUUUUUCCUCAGCCGCCAAAAAAGCCUCUACAGUGAGAAUAUCAACCCCAAGGCUGUACUAGCUCGCCAAAACGACGUCGCAGAGUGUUGGAGGUGAGAGGGGGAGAGAGGAAAUUAGAGGGCGGAAAUCGAAGCGGUUGAAGUUGGAGAGAGAGAUGGAGACUUCGAGCAGCUCGCAGAAGGAGAAGAGCCAGGCGCCGCUGAAGGAGGUUGUAUCGGAAUGCGUGAAGCGGUGGUUCAAGGAUACUCUCAAAGAGGCUAAAGCUGGUGAUAUUAAUAUGCAGAUUUUGGUGGGGCAGAUGUACUAUAGCGGCUAUGGUGUUCCCAGAGAUGCCCAUUUGGGAAGAGUAUGGAUCACAAGAGCAUCGAGGACGCGGUCUUCGGCUUGGAAAGUUUGUGAAAAGCCACCAGGUUAUAAUGCAAGUGAUUCAGAUUCGGAUGAAUUGAAGGGGGAAUCGUAGCUGGACCAACGUAGACUUCAUGUCCUAUUAUAAUUUGACCAAGAUGUGCCCUGAAACGUUCCUGUUCCUUCACCUGCAGUAUGCACUGGAUCUGCGCUCUUCUGUUUAUCUCCAUUUUCCCAAAUUCUCCAAUGGAAUUAUAACAUUUUCUCGUAUAAAAACAUGAUUGUUGAUUGCUCUUUCAUCUGCUGUAGUAUUUUGUGUCAUUAUUCACCUGCUGUAGAAGUGUGACUUCCAUCCAAAUCAUAAAGGAAGUGUAUGAA